AAUAAAUAAGCUGGAAAAAUAGGCUAUUGGCUGCAUGUGUGGUAGCAUUUAUGAUUUAAAUACUACAUGCUUGCAAUUAAAUAUUAAACACACUUGUCAAGCAUUCACGCUUAAUAACUUAAUACAGACAAAAAUUAUUACAACUCAGACGCGACUAACGGAUAUUUAAUCGAUUCGUGAUUUGAUCCCAGUGCGUUGGAGGUGUCGUAGUUAAUCUUUAAAUGUUAAAGGAUUUUCUUUAUCGGGAUACCAAUAAUUGUUUGCUUGGACACAAAACUCAGAUAUAACUGUGUACUUUAAGUGUGGUUUUACUUCGAUCGUUUCAGCUGAUGCAUUCACCGGCUCUCGUAACACACAGCGCUCCUCCCGCACGUUGGAACAGGAGGUCUGCGAAGUGCGCCCAACGGAACGGAGUCCACUAAUGACGUCACCGCGCUCCUCUGCCCGCGCGGCUGCCGCUGCUCGAGGCGAUAGCAAACAGCAACGGUUCAGGAUCCGGACUGUGACGGUGCAGAGCUUAGAAAAACAGUUUACGACACCUGCCUGGAUUUAUCACAGCCCUGUCUGUGACUUACACCAGUGUCUUGUUUCUUACUGCGGUAAACUUCGGUCGCCUGUUUGUUUGCACAUUUUCUCCCCCCCUCUAAGAACGUAGAAUCACCGUCGAAGAUGUCAUUGUCACCUUUAAAGUUUUGCGCAAAUGUGUCGUGGCUGUUUACGGAUCUGCCAAGUUUUGCGCAGCGAAUGCGCGCCGCUGCGGCCGCGGGCUUCCGGGCUGUGGAAGCGGCCUGGCUUUACGACUCGGAUCUCGAGGAGCUGCAGAAGACGAGGAAUGAAGCCGGCCUCGAGGUCGUGCUCCUCAACACCCCUCCGGGUGAUUUAAAAGCUGGCGAGCUGGGACUUGGUGCCGUUCCAGGAAGGGAGAGUGACUUCAGGCAGGGUUUGGAGGUGGCGGUGACCUUUUCGAAGGCCCUGGACUGCAGGAGGAUCCACUUGAUGGCUGGGAGGAUACCUGAAGGGAUUGAUCGAGGCGCUGCUGUCCAGGAGAUGGAAGCGACUUUUGUGGAGAAUUUGAAAUAUGCAGCAGAUGUCCUGUCAAAAGAAGAAAUUAUUGGCUUGAUUGAGCCAAUUAAUACCAGGGUAACAGAUCCACGGUAUUUUCUGGCCACACCACACCAAGCUGCUGCAAUUUUGCAGAAAGUUGGCAAGCCAAACAUCAAGUUGCAGAUGGUUUAUUUCAUGUGUUUUGCACAGGAUGUGUUCCACUGGCAAAUAAUGGAUGGGAACUUAACACAGAAUAUCCAGAAGUAUUUCCCUCUCAUUGGUCAUAUCCAGAUUGCUCAAAUUCCUGGUCGCAAUGAGCCGGACAGUCCGGGUGAAGUAAACUUUUCUUACCUUUUUGGACUGCUGGAAGAACUUGGAUACCAAGGUUACAUUGGUUGUGAAUACAAACCGAAGGGUUCCACUGAUGCUGGUUUAGGCUGGAUCAGAGAGUACUGGAGCAAGCACUAGUGACCAGCAAGAAUCCCAAAUUAGAG